AUGUCACCACCUGCUAUGCCUGUGGCAGAUUAUGUGAAGCAGGAGGGGCUGUUGGACAAAAAAAUUGUAUCAAUCAAGAGGAUACAGAAUAUGGACCUUUGGGAACAGUAUUGUAGGAAAAAGCAACAGUUAAUGAGGAUUCACUGUGUCAAAGAAAUUCAAGAGAAAAGACUUUUUCAUGGAACUGAUAUCAAUAAUGUUAAAAGUAUAUGCAAGUACAACUUUGAUGUGCGUUUAGCUGGAAAACUUGGUGACAGUUAUGGCAAAGGAGUGUAUUUUGCAAAACAUGCAUCAUACUCGGACAGACACAUCAGCAGGCAUUUUCAGCCACAGUGCGGAAAUAUUAGAAUAAUAUUCUUAGCUCUGGUGAUGAUUGGAAAAUCAACUGUUGGAGAACCUCAUUUCCAAAAACCUGAUCAUGGGACACUGGAACUCCUUCAUGACAGCUGUGUGGAUUACAUCGAUCAUCCCACUAUUUUUGUUAUUUUUGAUUCAAAUCAAAUCUACCCAGAGUAUCUGAUUGAGUACAGAUGAUGUCGAGAGGGGAGCUGCAGUAUGUGUCAUAUCGUCACGUCUACCUCAAACUGUCUGGUGGGUGAAACUUUUUCCAGCAUAACUCUUGAUAACUUUAAAGAAGGACUUAUAGCAUUCAGACUAAAUUUAAGAAAAAUCUGCAAAAAUAAUGCACUAUGAAACACAUACUUUUAAAAA